AUGAAUCCCAGCACUCAGCGCAUACUCGGCCAGUUUCUGAGGCAGACUGCCCGACGGAGGCUCAAUGGUCGAUCGCGCCGAUGGAACUCCACAUUCGAGACUCGGGAGUGGUCGACGCCUCUUGCGCGCACCCUUGCGAAUGUGAUAAAAACAACGGGGCCGGUACCCAUCGCGGCAUUCAUGCGCCAAGUGCUCACGUCGCCAGAGGGAGGAUAUUAUACCACUAAACCAGGAGGCGGCGGAGAAGUUUUCGGAAAGAAGGGCGACUUUGUUACGUCUCCGGAAAUAUCGCAGGUCUUUGGGGAAUUGGUGGGCAUAUGGACGAUUGCGGAAUGGAUGGCGCAGGGGAGGAAGAAGAGCGGAGUGCAGCUCAUGGAGAUUGGGCCGGGGAAGGGAACGUUGAUGGAUGAUAUGUUGCGGACUUUCCGGAACUUCAAGCCCUUCACAUCGAGCCUCGAGGCGAUCUAUCUGGUGGAAGCUAGCCCUACCUUGAGAGAGGUCCAGAAGCAGCUCCUCUGCGGUGAUGCAGUCAUGGAAGAGACGGACAUUGGACAUCGGAGUACGAGCAAGUACUUUAACGUGCCCGUAAUUUGGGUGGAAGACAUUCGAUUGUUGCCUCAUGAGCAAGAUAAGACACCGUUCAUCAUUGCCCACGAAUUCUUCGAUGCCCUCCCAAUCCACGCUUUCGAGUCGAUUCCUCCCGUACCCGAAGGUCAGCAGCAAGAGCAGGAGAUCAUGACGCCAACCGGCCCUACAAAACUCCAGCGACCGCCGAAGGCCGCAAACACACCCCAAUGGCGCGAACUCAUGGUUACUCUUAACCCGAAAGCAGUCGACGAGAAUAUCAAAGACGAGCCAGAGUUCAAAUUAACUCUAGCGAAAGCAUCUACACCUUCAUCCCUUGUCAUUCCUGAGAUCUCGGAACGAUACCGAGCCCUCAGGAACCAACCCGGGGCAGCCAUCGAAGUUAGCCCGGAGAGCCGAAUCUACGCGUCCGACAUUGCGCGUCGCAUCGGCGGCUCGUCGCAACCGCCGCGCACAGCAGCAAAGCCAGACGCGCCCGCCCCUUCUCCAAUCGCAAAGCGCAUUCCUUCAGGAGCUGCCCUGAUCAUGGACUAUGGAACCAUGUCAACCAUUCCAAUCAAUUCCCUCCGCGGUAUCCAGAACCAUAAAGUCGUCCCGGCGCUCUCUUCGCCUGGUCUAGUCGACGUCAGUGCCGACGUGGAUUUCACAUCGCUUGCAGAGGCGGCCGUUGAAGCUAGCGAGGGCGUUGAGGUCCAUGGGCCCGUCGAGCAGGGCCAAUUCUUACAGGCCAUGGGAAUUGCGGAGCGGAUGCAGCAACUACUCAGCACCGUUCAAGAUGAAGAGAAGCGCAAGGUCCUGGAAACUGGGUGGCAGCGACUUGUUGAGAGAGGCGGCGGUGGUAUGGGCAAGCUAUACAAGGUAAUGAGUAUUAUCCCAGAAAAUGGUGGCAGAAGACGCCCCGUCGGGUUCGGAGGUGGAGUCCCAGUAUAA